AUGAGGACGAGCGUUUUCAGCCUUGUCGUCCUGUGCUCCGUUGUUUCGGCCACAGUGGCCAAGCACCGCGCAUUAACGAGAGAUGAUCUGCCGACGGGAGGGAUCAUUACACCGCCAGCACCGAAGCAGGAUGGACCAACGACGGCAAAACCUCUGGGGCUGAUCCUGCUGCCUUUCCCGCAGGCCGCCAACAACGUGCAAUCGCUCGUGGACAUAUCGCCGGAAACCAUCGCGGCCAUCCAGUCGGGCGACAGUCCUUACGCAGCCAUCGCCGCUUACGACGAUCCGUCCGAUGGGAGCAGCACGACUUCAAGCGCUCCCUGGAGCGCACCGUCGCAUGUUCCCCAGUUCAGUGCGUUCCUCGACAAGAUCCAAGCCGGCUCCAGUCCACCGAGGCCAUCGAAACCCAACUCCAUAGCGCAGCUCGGGAUUUUCGCCGUUACUCCUGCAUCCACCAGCGCUCCAGCAUCUGGCAGCACGGAAGGCACUCAGCAUGAUCCUUUUCCAACCAACCUGCAGGGGCUGGGCGCCCUGUGCAACGUGUCCAACACACUGCAAACUACUUUCACCGGAAUCAACAACGUAACGUGUAGCAACGCGACCAACACAACGCAAAGCAAUGUCGCCCAACUGGGAACGAUCGUGCAAAGUGGCAUCAACAACUUUUUCGGCAUCAGCCGGCCAGCCAACGACGAGCCGGUCACCAGCACUGCCGCUACUACGACAUCUGCCACCACUACCGCCGGAGGAUCUUCGUCCAGCUCGGCUGCAAGCACCACCACACCGGUUCCGGGAACAACUGCCGCUAACGCGACCACCAAUCCGUUCGAUUCGUUCGUCAGUAGCGUACAAUCCUCUCUCACCAACCCAUCUGCCGCAGCUCAGGUAGUAACCGGACAGGUUGGUUCGAACGUGCAGAGUGGACUCGCGAGCCUACUUCAAGUUGCCAACUAUCGACCGAACAAGGCACCCGGAACGAAGGAUGCCACGAGUCCGGUUCAAGGUGUUUUCGGACGAAUCGCUGCGACGGACGGGACAGCAGUGGUCAAAUCAACUUCCCUGGAAUGUAACACCUGUGCACCUGGACAAGAUGUCUGUUCACCGGGGCCCGGACUUCGCAUUGUGAAUGGGAAAGAGGUGAACAGUACGACCGAAUUCCCAUUUCUGGUACUAAUCACGUACCAGGAUAGCCCUUCCGGUCAAGGUGCGCUGAUCAACGACCGAUGGUUUGUGACCACAGCGCAUAUCGUAGACAGUCUGACCAACAUCGGGCUCAUCCGAGCGGUAGUCAACACUCUCGUAAGCCGUGCGAGCGGACCGUCGGAUUCCCGACGGAUUGCAAGCAAACUGAGCCAUCCUAACUACGUCACCACGAACCUGUUCGCGAACAACGUCGGCCUGAUGGCUCUGGAGAAACCAUUUACCACGUUCACGCCCGUUUGCCUUCCGAGCCAGGCUACAUUCACAAGCCCUCCGACGAUGGCAACCGUCGUCGGAUGGGGCACUACCACUCCUGGUGGACAUGGACCUUCAGUCAAUUUGCAAGCAGCGGAUCUGCUAAUGUUCCCCUCGAUUGUUUGCCAGCAGUCAUACCCGCAGGUUUCGAGCCAAAAUCUGUGUGGAGGGUCCAUAAAGCCCAGCCCUGGAAUCCCGGCUACUUGCGCGGGAGACGGAGGCGAUCCACUGGUGUUCCGGGAGGGAUCCGCCUGGAAAUUGCUUGGAGUCGCCCUAGACAUCCCCAACGUGGGGUGCCAAAACUCCGAGCAGCUCUCGGUCUUCACCGACGUCGCGCCGUUUACGGACUGGAUCAAUGCCAACGCACCAGGCUGCAAAUGUGGAGAAGUGGCCGGAGGCCCUUAA